AUGACCGAAAAAACAAAGACGAACAAGUUCCCCGAGGUCCGGCGUGGCGGGAGUCUCAUUCUGGCCUGGCGGAUUAAGGACAAGAAGGUCUUGGUUGUCGGUGGCGGCGAGGUCGCCGCCGGCCGCAUUCUCAACUGUCUCGACGCCGACGCCAAAGUUACCGUUGUCUGCCCGGCUUCCGGUCUCAAUCCCGAGGUAGCCCACCGAGUCGAGAGCGCCCAAGUCACCCAUGUCGAUCGCCUCUUCGAACCGACCGAUCUCGACGGCGCAGACAUGGUUCUCGUCGCUAUUGACGACCCCGCCGCCUCCACAACCAUUUGGAAGCUGUGCAAGGAACGCAGGAUACCCGCCAACAUUGCCGACGUGCCUCCGGAAUGCGACUUCUACUUCGGCAGCGUCCACCGUGACGGCCCGCUGCAGAUCAUGGUCAGCACCAACGGCAAGGGUCCCAGGCUGGCCGCUAUUAUCCGCCGGCACAUCGCCAAGUCGCUCCCCAAGAACGCCGGCAACGCCAUCGAGGCUAUUGGCACCCUACGCGCCAAGUUGCGCAAGAUGGCUCCCGAUCCGGAGGCGAGCCCCAAGCGGAUGGGAUGGAUGAUCAAGGUCAGCAACAAAUACGACUGGAACGAGUUCUGUGAUCUCACCGAUGAGGACAUGGAGAACCUCCUCAAGUUCUACGAGAGCAAUCAGGUUCCCACCAUUGACGAUCUCCUUUCCAUGAGAGCGAACCCCCCCGGCUUCAACGUCAACGAUGUGUUUGACGGCUCUUUCGGCUUCUGUGUCGGCGUUUAA